AUGGAUCAGCUUUUGGGAAAUAUGAUUGAAAUGUGGGUUGACCGUAUGGAUAACAUUACUCAGCCUGAAAGGAGAAAACUCUCAGCUUUGGCUUUGCUUUCUCUUCUGCCAUCUGAUAAUAGUGUUAUCCAAGAUAAAUUCUGUGGAAUUAUAAACAUUUCCGUGGAGGGCCUCCAUGAUGUCAUGACAGAAGAUCCUGAGACAAGAACAUACAAAGACUGUAUGUUGAUGUCUCAUCUUGAAGAACCAAAAGCAACAGAAGAUGAAGAACCACCCACAGAACAGGAUAAGAGGAAAAAAAUGCUGGCCCUGAAGGACCCGGUGCACACCGUGUCCUUGCAGCAGUUCACCUACGAGAAGCUCAAGGCACAGCAGGAGCUCCUGGGCGAGCAGGGCUUCCAGUCCCUCAUGGAAACGGUGGACACGGAGAUCGUCACCCAGCUCCAGGAGUUCCUGCAGGGCUUCUGA